CUCAGAGCGGUCCGGUCUGCUCUGCGCUAAACCCCCGUCGUUAGUCAGUUUAAGGCGUAUUUUUUAAAAACACACAUUGGCUGACUAGUUACUUAUUAAAUAUGAGCGACAACGAGAAAGAUUUCAGGGAGCAGGUGAGUUGCGAUUAGCUGUAAAAUGAGAGAAUUACGUUUUUUUUGUAAAAGACGAUACGCUUGCUAACGUUAGCUCGCUUAGCUUAGCUGUUAGUCUCGUUUGCAGGUCUCGUAAUGCCAGCAAGUUUGUCCUCACACAUGAUUUAAGACAUUAUCAUAUUAUAUAAGACUAACCGUAGAGUUGUGUGUGCGUGCGUGCAAGUAAUACAUCUUAUAAGAUAUUUAAAAUGUUAAUGCUGGUUCUAACAUUAGUUGCGGCCUGCAGAGCACAGCAAUCUGUACGGUAACCCUAGAUCUGUGAAGGAUCUCGCGAGAGUUACUUUAUUUUUUAUUUUAAUGCUCUUUCCAUAAGUCUAACCAUAUCUUUGUUAUGCUUAAAAUCUAACCGGACCGCAACCAUUACAUUAUCAUAUCAGUAGUUAUUUAUAUUUAAGUUUCGGUGUCAAACUAUGCGCACGUAUCUCGCGGGUAAUUCUCAUAUGUAGGGUUACCGUGUAGACACAGCCCAGCAGCUGGGAGAUGAGGCCGAGGCUGCGCCACGCUACUUUGAUUUUUAUCGAUAAAUCUCUCGCUAAAAGCGUUCAUGUUAGCUGUUGAAAUGUCGACUAACGGGUUAAUAUUCAUGUAUAUUGGCCGCUAGUCGAUAUUCACCUUCAAGUUUUGUAUCGGUAGCGUUAAAGGACAGGUUCACACAGCUGUGUUUUUUUCUCAAGUGUGUCUUAAAACAACAAUCACAUGUCCAUGUGAGCAGUGAAAGAGGUUUUUAUCGCUGUAAUCAUUCCCUCAUGUUGAUACUUGCUAUUAAUAAAAGUUCCCCAUUAAAUGUGUUUAAGUGAAUCAAAAUCUGAUGUAAUUUUGGGCCAAAAUACUUCAAAAAGUUUAUCUGAAGCUGUGGAAGUAUAGUAACAAAAAGAGGGGAUUUGGCACUAAAAUUGACUAAUACUGAAAGAUUUUUACUAAUUUUGAGGCAAGGCAGUUUUAUUUAUAUAGUGCAUUUCAUACACAAUGGCAACUCAAUGUGCUUUACAUAAAACAGAAAAUUUGAGAAACAUUAAAACUUCAUACUUAGCUUGAGAUAAACUUUUAAAUACAUUUUUACACACGAAGGAGGCCCCCUUCUCAUGGCCUGAUGAAAUAUUUUAUAAGGCCUUACCGAUACUGGAUUUUUGGAAUUGCCAAUACCCAUAUUGGGGAGUAAAAGAAAUCUGAUAUCGAUGUAAUGGCCAAUAACACCUCUGUUACAUAUCUCUGUCACAAGCAUUUGAAAACUACAUAUAAGAGAUUAAGACAUUUUUUGUAAUGAUCCCUCAAAUGUGGUUUUAAAAUGCUUGUGACAAAGAUAUAAAAUAGAGGCCAUGAUAUUUUACAUUAUAUGUUGGCAUAUAUAUAUAUGACAUAUCUUUGUCACAAGCGUUUGAAAACCACAUUUGAUGAGAAAAAUGUGAGUUUAUUUAUACAUAAAGUCACAUUUUUUGUAAUGACCCUUCAAAUGUGGUUUUAAGACGCUUGUGACGAAGAUAUGUAACGGAGGCUAUACUAUUUUUAACAUUAACAAACUUUAUUGAACUAAAUUAAAUUAUAAAACAUGUAUAUAUUAAACUUCUUAAAAAAUAGGGUCCUAUUUUCAUAAUAUACUGCCUAUAUAAGUGUAAUAAACAUCAGCACAUAUCGUACAAUAUAUUCACUGAUACAUGUGUCAUCAAUAUCUGUCAGGCUCUAUUUUUAAUGGUCAGUAUAAUCAGGAGGAGUGAUUAUAGAAAGAAAAACUUAUUUCAGUGUUCAUUUGGGCAGUUGAGUAUUAUUUUAGGACAGACUUGGAAAAAUUGUGAAUGCAUCCUUUAACCCUAUAUUUUUAGUUUAGGACCAAUUCAAGACAUAUAACAUACAUGCUAUAAUAACAUGUUGACGUAUGUUCUGCUAAUGUUUUUCCUGGUUUUUUGCUGUUGUUUUUUCUCUUUUUGUACCUUUUUUGGUUUUUCACAGAAACCAACAUGCCUUAUCACCCUUGUUUGUUCUUUGUUAAGGUUGAGGUUGGAAGAAAGAAAAAACGCGGGAAGACGUUUCAGAUGUGAAGUUGUUAAUGUUUGAAGCUGAUGGUGUUGAUGCAUGCUAAUGUAUUGGAGAUGCUGAAAAGAAGCGGUCAAGAUCUGUCCCCACUACUACUACUACUAGAGUUGUAAAUGGCAGAUGAUGAUAAAUUGGGGGAAGAGGAGGAGGAGAAAGAAGUCAUAAUGUCAAACAGAAGAAAGAAGAAAUGAAGGGUUGUUUUGAAGUAAUGAAGUUAAAGAAGUUAUGAAGUUAAGAUCAGAAGUUUACCAGGGUAUGAGUAAUUUCCUAACAGCCUGCUAUGUUAUCACUCUUUCAUCCUGUUUCUUUCUCUAAAGCAUGCUUGAUUUUUUUUUCCUCUCUGUAUCAGAUACAUCAGGUCAAUCCCUCUACACCUUUUUAGAUUAUUUAUGUUUUUAAUCUGCAUUUCAGCUAAAUUACUUAAAUCUUUCUUUAAUUAUUUGUUAUGUAUGACCUAUUUUCUAUAAGGAAAAUUUCUAAAUAUUUUCUUUCAAACCUGCUAAAUGCCUAAAAUGUGAAUUCCUUCUGAAAGGGGAUUGUAGAGGGUGAACGCAGUCACCUCCUGGCCCUUUUUUUUAUUCUUGUUAUUUGACGCACGCUUGCCUGUAGAAUGGGUUUGAACUCAGUGUCUUGGUCUGUCCAGGACUCAAGGCCUGGCUCGAGGAGCGCCUCCCCUCGGGGCUCGGUGAAAUCCACUAGCCGCUCGCCGGCACGCUCCAAAGAUGGUUCCCGCCGUUCCAGGUCUAGAUCUCGUUCUCGGUCCAGGUCCAAAUCCAAAUCCAGCUCGCGCAGGCACUACUCGCGCUCUCGCUCCCGCUCCCAUCGACGCCGUUCCAGGAGCCGAUCUCGUAGCUGGGAGUACCGCCGGCGUAGGAGCCACAGCCGGUCCCCCAUGUCGAACCGCCGCAGACACAUUGGCAACAGGGCCAACCCCGACCCCAACACCUGCCUCGGUGUGUUUGGGCUGAGUCUGUACACCACUGAGAGGGAUCUGAGGGAGGUUUUCUCUAAAUACGGCCCUUUGGCUGACGUCAACAUUGUAUACGACCAGCAGUCGCGCCGGUCAAGAGGCUUUGCUUUCGUCUAUUUUGAAAAUUACGAGGACUCCAAGGAGGCCAAGGAGCGCGCUAACGGGAUGGAGCUCGACGGACGCAGGAUUCGAGUGGAUUUCUCUAUCACCAAACGGGCCCACACCCCGACUCCUGGGAUCUACAUGGGACGACCCACAUACGGCGGCGGUUCAUCGCGGCGUGUCUCGAGGGACUACGACAGGGGCUACGAAAGAGGCUACGACAGAGGUUACGAACGUGACUAUGAUCGGUAUGAAGACCGGGAGUACCGAUCAUACAGACGCAGAUCCCCAUCUCCUUACUACAGCAGAGGAUACCGCUCUCGAUCACGAUCACGAUCCUACUCACCACGUCACUACUGAGCUGUAAAAGAGUCAACGAGAGAUUCAGUGUUAUUGUUUGGAUGCUUGUUUUUUUUUUUUUUUUUUUUGCCCAGAUAAUUAUACAAUCAGAAAGCAGCCUAAGUGCAUACCUCCUCCAAAGGCCUCACAGCGCUCUUAAAUUUGCUUUAAUGUAAUAAAGAUUGUUUACACAAAUUUUUUGAAGCGGCAUGAUUAAAAACAUUUUGUGGCGGGUUAAAUCGUCACUACAUUUGUAGGGAAGAAUCAUGGUAAUUGUUUGGGUGGAGAUGGACAAUAUUCCUGAUAUGUAUCUACAACUGAUCACUUCUUCAUUGACUCCAGCCCUAACUUUUCACCUCGCUUUAAAUUAAAUUUGUGAAGUAGUAUUUGCCUAUUGUGACAAGCAUGAAUGGAAAUACGACCAGUUUUGGCAGUGGUACUUAAACAGGGGGCUGGUUUGUGUAUCCGUGGCUUGACUGACUGGUGUUUAUAUAAGCAGGUUUUUUUCUGUGACAGUCGUUUAAAAAUUUUCUCUUUUUCCUGUUUGUAUGUAGCCGGUCGCUGUGUGAAGCCGGCGAGAUCUUAGUUUGCUCUCGGAUAUGUUUUAAAUACCAUGUUUCUUUUUAAUUUUGUCUUAUCGGUGGAAAGUACUUUUUUCGGUUGUUGUAUAUAAGCAAUAAAAAAAUGACUUGUU